AUGAAGGUCUCAAUGGCAGCCACAUCCCUCCCCCUCCUCCUUGUCGUCAUCACCAUCGCCCUGGGGUCCAAGACUGAAUCCUAUUCAGGAGGACCUUACCACCCCACCGAGUGCUGCUUCAGCUACGUGACCCGGGCAGUCAGGCGGCAGUGGAUUUCAGGCUAUUAUGAGACCAGCAGCCAGUGCUCCAAGCCUGGAAUUGUCUUCAUCACCAAAAAGGGCCAACACAUCUGUGCCAACCCCAGCGAUGACUGGGUCCAGCACUAUAUCAAAGGAACUGGAGGAGAUCUGAGUGACCCAGAAGUAGCGGAGAAGGACAAAGCUCAGAAUUUAAAGAGACGGGGCUGA